AUGCCCAAGGUUGGCGGACCUAGGGCUAUGAAGAGGAGGACGAUGGCAUCGGCCGUGACUUCUAUGAUAUUGUAUGCUGCUCCAAUUUGGAGAAGAGCUAUACAAUAUCAACACUAUCAAAAUAUGCUGCAAUCUAUGAUUAGGAGAUUGGCCGUACUGGCGUUGGCUGGUGUCAUGGCUAUUGUACACCAGGUAGAGGAAAGAUGCGACACCUACAGGCUGGGCAAGGAACAUAGGUUGCAAGUAAGAGAAAACAUCUUGAUGAAAUGGCAGGAGGAUUGGCAGAGAUAUGAUGGCUGGACAAAGCAAUUUAUUGAAAAUGUGGCGGAGUGGCACAAGAAUGGAUGGGUGGAGGUAGAUCACUUUCUUACUCAAGCUAUCACAGGUCAUGGGUAUUUUGGCAUAUACCUGAAAAGGAUAGCGACCGCUGUGUGUACUGCCAGGAGCAGGAUACUCCUGCGCACACUCUAUUCGAGUGUGGAAGAUGGAGGAAGUUUAGGGCCGUGGCAGAGGCAAGGUGCGGCACCAAGGUCACGCUGGAUAACGUCGGGGCACUUAUGGGUGAAGACCAAGAGAAGAGCAUAG